GGGUUGAUGAUCUCUCAUCUCAUACCUGAAAAAGAUACUGUCUCUAUUUAAUGCAAUCCUGAACAUUGAUACCAAACCCUCCAUGAUACCAAGAAAAUUUGCAAGUUUCCGCUUCUUAUUUUCAAACAAUAUUAUGGUUUUCCUUGACCUAGUCACAAACUCUGUUACUAACACUACUCCAGAGUGUUUGAACUCAUUAAAAAUAUCCUUAGUCUCUUACCUCAUACCUAAGAACAGUAAAGUCUUCGCUAAAGAGCAAGGCUUUUGAUAUUGGGACUGAAAAGCUCAUGCACCUUCACGUCUUUAAUCGCCGUUUUUGCCUUCAUUGGGUCAAGAUAGAAAGUAUCGAAAAGUCUGAUCAUUCGUUACUGUGCUGUCAAUUUUCCAAACAGAAAGCUAAAAUAAACAAAAAGAAGAAAUCGACUAUUUUUGGAAUGCCUUAUAAACCAUUCUGCUUCUCACAUAGACGCAAUAGCAGUGAGAUAGAACCUAUUGAAUUACCGCAUCCUUCUACAGAUCCUCUCAAAAGUGUUAGUGCAAUGGACUACUUCAAAUCAACAGAGAAUUUGCGAGAUUCCAUCAAGAAUGGAAGUGAGAUGGAACACUUCCAUCCACAAAACUUCUUUCGAGAUUCAAUUAAGAAUGGCAGUAUGAAAGAAUGUGUCGCAUCACAGCAAAUCCUAUCGUCAUCUAAAAAUGGGGACACACCUACCAGUUUUGCCAGCUUUCCGGAGAAAACAAGAGAUCUUCGUUUGCCCAAGCUUUCGGUAAAUGCUACCUUUCAAGAGCUUCCAGGUAGCAAUGCCGAUCUGUUCAUCUCAACUGCUGAUCCCGGGUUCCCCAACGGUUUGGAUUCGUCAUCGCCUAGUCCAGGAGCCACACUUUCUCCGUGGUCACCAUUCAAACGGAUUUUCGCCCUACUUGACAUAUCAGAAAGUUUAGCAGAAGCUGACUCAACGUCCAUCAAAGAGCUUCCAUGUCAUUACAGUGGAGGAAUUGGCCCUAGAAUUUCACAGCAUCUGGGACCGCGAGAGGCCACUUUUGAUACUGAUCAUCACUCAUCUAAGUUCUUCAACUUGGACAGCGCUAUGGACUCUAGACUUGCUGACACAAGACCCAAUGAACAGCAUGGGAUGGAACCACUGUUUUGUUUGCCUUUCUCACCCAAGCCUUCCUAUAGUCAACCUUCCAAUUUACGUCAGUCAUUGUGUCCUGCAAUCAAUACGGAUAUACAACAAUUCAGAGAUCUUUCGAAUUCCUUUAAACAUCGAGAGCUCCAAUUCACAAUAACCCCUCAGCUUUCAUCGCCAGAUACUGCCACCACAAACACUAGUGGUGAUUCCUUUCCAUCCGAUUCGGGUUACGAUUCUGCAGCUCCUGACCCCUGUUAUACUUCUACGACCGGCCCAGGAAGUUUCUAUAUAGAGGAUGAAGAGUCAGAAUUCGAUGACAAAUAUUUUGCCGGAGCUAGGCACUUAGUGGACGUUUCAGAAUUUCACUAUGCCGGGUACUUAGACCGAAGUUCCUGUCUACAGCCAACGCCAAUAAAUGAUCCAAUGCAGAAGGACCUCUUAGAUACUUCAAGUGCUCGUCAUGCAGUUUUCUGCUCGUGUCAAGCCCAAGGCAUACAAGCUUUAUGUUUCCUUGAGCAUGGGGAGAGUGGAUUUGAGGCCACUGAAGUUCGGGUUGAUAGCAGCUGCGCGGAUGCACGUAUGGCUCAAUCUAUGACAGAUGUGGAUAUUGAUUCUCUGUGCAACAGUCUUUAUACCGGAGAUGAACCCGAAAUUUUGCCACCAGCACCAUUGAGAGAAAGUAUACCUUGGGACAUUAUCAUACCCAAAGCCGACGCACUUGCGAAAGGCGGCGCUGCUAUAUUUACUUCGGUCCAGGACACUGAGAUUGAAAACCAUUUUGAUUUUUCCUUAUAUUGUGAAGAAUACUACGCAUCUGCGCCUCCUUGGUCCGCAGAAAAUAUACGGUGAUAAUUUUCGUCACUUCUUUGAGAACCUAAAUUCUGACUUGUUUUGUAGUGGAUUUGAUUGGAAUGUUGAUUUUAGCUCUUUACCUGACUCCCAAUUGCAAAUGGAAGAAGGAGCAAAAACACCUGUCCACGAUACUCCGUCCCCAAAAUCCGAAAGCAAAUCAUUGAAAUGUGACCAAGAAGGCUGUACUUAUGAGCCGAGCGGGCAGUAUCAAUGGAGAAAGGGCAACUUGGCACGCCAUAAAAAAGAAACGCAUAAUAUGAAAUCCGAGAAUCGACUUAUCUGUGAUAUAAAGGACUGCAAAGAAACAUUCACAAGAAUAUCAAAUCUUAAUGUGCACCUAGAGAACAAACAUGGCGUCUUAAUCGUUAGGAAAACAAGGAAUAGAAGAAGUUCAGUGGCGGGAAUUAUCAACAAGCCGAAGGCUGGUAGGAGGAUUACAAAAGCUCCAAAAACGGUCGCCUUGACAAAUAUCCCUGAAUGCAAUCGAUCACAAUCAGUCCCUGGAAUAUUUGGACCACUUUGAAGCUUGGAACUUGAAGGUGUUUAUUAGCGGGCUAUUUUA